UCCAGCUGGACGCACACGAAAGCAGUGUAGGCUAUGGUGGGAGAAGACGCACACGGACCUCCAGCGAGCUCAUUUCACAGUGACUGACCUGUUAUCUUUUAAAGAGAAGAUGUCUGUGAACGAGGUGUAUGUGUUCCGACCCUUCAAGCUGAUCGCGCUGCUGUGCGUCUUUCUUGCGCUGUGUUUGGACGUGGUGGCUCUGCUGAGCCCAGCCUGGGUCACAGCGGAGCACUUCUCCCUUUCUCUGUGGGAGUCCUGCUCCCAGUCCGAGGCACGGCACCCGACGGAGGAGGCUCAGUGGAGCUGCUUCUCCACCCUCACAUCUGACUGGCAGAUUGCCACCCUGGUGCUUCUGGUGGCCGGCGCCGUGGCAACUCUGGUGGCCUUUUUGGUGGCCUUUAUUUCCCUCUGCCGGGGGACACAGAGACGGCACUACCGCACCGUGGCUGUGUUCCUCUUCACUGCAGUGGUCCUGCAGGCCUGCGCUCUGGUCCUCUACCCAAUCAAGUUCAUCGAUGGAACGGUUCUCCAGACCUACCACGAGUUCAAUUGGGGCUAUGGGCUUGGCUGGGGAGCCACCAUCUUCAUGUUGGGUGGAGGGAUCCUCUUCUGCCUGCGGACGGACAUGUACGAGGAUGCAAUGUACUGAGUCCUUUGUCAACCCACGCUGCUGGAAAUACACACAUAAACAAACACACACACACACACACAAAUUCCCGUAUAGGAGGCGUGUUACUUUCCUUCACUCUGCACAUGGCCAAUGCAUAUGUGAGCACAGACCCUGUUUCUCCUUUUCUCUUGCUGUCUUGCUCUGUUAUUUUUAGACAGGUUGUGAAUGCCUAAUUUAGGCCAGGGCUGUUUGAAUAGCCCCCACACCACCACCACCACACACCACACACACACACACACACACACACACACACACACACACACACACUCAGCUAGUGGGUCCCUCAGCCCUGCCAGUAUCAGCGGUGAGGUGGCAAAGAUAAAGCACAGAGAGCUUUCUGGACAGGCACGAGCCUCCGAUGCUGGACGUUUCCACUGUACGUUGACCUGGGUCUCCAUUGUCAGAGAAACAGGACAGUAGAUUCUGAGCACAGAUGUGAUUGUGCAGUGGCUGAACAUUGAAAGGAACUGACUUAUCUCCAAAUUUCGUUUUUUAUUCUUUUUGUAGCAUUUCACGAGGACAAGCUUUUUGUUAAUGUAUUUAUGGCAUCAUUUCCCUCUUUUUAAAUAUUGAAAACCUGAACUUGUCCCUCCAUGUUUUCUAGCUGAAACAUAGUAUCUAGUAAAGCUAAGCCUUCUGAUAUUAGAAGUGUAAAUUAGUCAGCUUUGAUAUAUGCUGGAGCUAUCGAGUGUUUGUAGUUUGUUUGGAAACUCACACUAGUUUGUCUCAAAGGAAAAAUGUAAAUGUGUACAAAGUAUUUCUACAUGAAUGAAAAUCCAGAAUAAACAGCUGUAGUUUUGGGAGUUUUA